AUGACGACCCGCUCUCUGGUAUGUCAGUUAGUGGUAUUGUUGAGCCUGGGAAUGGCGUUCUCUAACUUACCUGAUCAUAAAGGCUCAGUCGAAGACAUGGAAACAGCCGAACCCGAAGUCGUAACGCUGGAUGAGAUCGCUGCUUUAGAUGAAAUUAGCGAUGACAACCUGUCUGAAGAAGACGACGAUGAUUUUGGUGAAACCGACAAUAAGAAGUUGGCCGGGGAUCCAGUGGCAGCAAUAAAUAUUCCACCUUUCAGAAAACGCCAAAUACUAAGUGAGGCUAGGCGUCUUGCCAACAUUAUUGGCAAAUAUAUAUACGUGAGACCAAGGAGCCGAAAAUGGGAACGACAAACAGCCAUGAGAAAAUAUUACCAGGCAUUUGUACAUGGAGGAAAGAGCUUUAUAGGGGACGCCGACUGGCUGACAGCAAAAAAGGGUGAAAGAUGCAGCACUUGUCUCCUAUAUGAACUUUGCAAACAAAGACGGAUUCAAAGGUUGUUGAAUAUCAACGGCAGACUCCCCUUGUAAGUAAUUUAGCCCAUGUAAUCGGUUAAAAAAAAGAAAAAAAAGAGGAAGCAAAACAAACGAUCUGCGGCCCGUUGAAGUAGGUCGCGCUCUAAUCUAUUCCACAGAUGGCUACAAAAAUAAAAAAAUCGUAUAUGUAGGGGGCCAGUUAGGGCAGAAUUUCGGUUGGGCCUGUCAUGAUAAGUUACUUCUGCGAUAUUUCGCCUUCGCAGAACGCAAACGGGCAAACGGAUCGUUAAAUUCUAGAACCCUGGGUUAUGAACCACUAAACCUUCUUCAAGAUUCUAGAAAUCUUCUCAAGCUAUCCUUGCCACCUGGGACAAAAUGUUGGGUUGGGGGAGGAGUAGGUGGGCAGUUUCCCAGAAACCUAAAUCGAUCCCCGGAUCAAUUUAGGUUUCUGGGAAACUGCCCCCCUACGCCUCCCCGAACUCAACGUCAACAUUUGCGUCUCACUUGGGGAAAAAUGUUGGGUUAGGGGAGGGGUAGGUGGGCAGUUUCCCUAAAUUGAUCCAAACUUUUAAAUCUGUUUUCUGAACUCUCUCGUGGUCUUUAUUGUUAUCUCAUUUGUCUGCUUAUCAGGUAUGUAAGAAGGAGGACGUGCAGAAGAAAACUCGUCCGAGAAGCGAUUAAUGUUUACCCUGUAUAUGCAAUCAACGGACGAUGUAAUCCAAAUGCACCAUUUCGAACCAUUGAUGGAAGGUGCAACAAUUUACGUAAUCCUUCUUACGGGGCAGCCAAUACAACAUUCAACCGACUUUUACCUGCUGAUUAUGGAGAUGGCAUCUCAACUCUUCGUCGAGCGAGAAAUGGUAGAAAGCUUCCGAACGCGCGGGACGUAAGUCGAUUUGCCCAUGGAAGCAACAUGGACCGAACCAAUCCGAACUCUACAAUACUGACCCACAUGGCUAUGGUUUUUGCACAGUUUAUGGAUCACGAUCUUACUUUGGCUCAGGGCCAAGGCAUUAACUGCGAGCCACCCACCAGAAAUCCUGAGUGCAUCAACAUAAGAAUUCCCAUAGGCGAUGCAAUAUUCCGGAAUCGGGAAGUUGAUUUUAUCGAACUGGAGAGGGAUGCUCCUAGCAAGUCAACCUCCUUCUGCAAACUGGCCACUCGAGAGCAUACAAACACUCUAACAGCCUACAUUGACGCUUCUAACGUAUAUGGAUCAAUUGAGGAGGUUGCUGACUCGCUUCGCGCUCCAAAUGGCUUACUAAGAGUCAUGGAACAUCCAGAUGGUGAAAGGUUUAUGGAUUUGCAACCUGCACGCACCGAGACCCCGGAGAGUUUUUGCCCAUCGCUAGAUCCAAACAGACCGUGUUUUGCGGCUGGAGACACAAGGAAUAAUGAGAACCAAGGUGGGAACCGUAUUGCUUUGAUGUUCAAUGGCCUUAGUGAAAUAUGCCAAAAGUUGACUUUUUUCAACACAGAAGCUUUAGUUUAGGGAUAUUUUGUAACUUUCAGGUCUCAGUUCAGUUCAUACCAUAUUCGUGCGCCACCACAACCGCAUUGCCACUAUUUUCCGGAGCAAAACAAGCUGGGGGCCCGAGAGGAUUUAUCAGGAGACCAGGAGAAUCAUCGCAGCACAAUUGCAAGUGAUUACAUACAAGGAAUUCCUGCCGUUAGUUUUGAGUAAGAGAACGGUAGGUUUUUAACAUGCAAAAUUGCAGGUAUAAUAAUAAUAAUAAUAAUAAUAAUAAUAAUAAUAAUAAUAAUAAUAAUAAUUCUAAUUAUAAUUUACUCGAAUUUGAGCCUGGGACAGUUGAAAACUGGAAACCUGUCAGCGGAUAACUUCAAAAAACACGCAACCUUGAAGGGUCAACACCUCGAUACGGUCAUCUGAUACUGGUCAGCAGAUAUCCUGGUUUGACAGCUGUCAACUGACCAAAUUUUGGGUGUGCAAUAUCAGGUUGCAGGCUCCCACGCUAGCUAGAAAGUGUGCGAAUUCAUAUUGGUUGCCCCGUGGUAAGGACGGACGGAUAGACGGACAGACGGUCAGACGGACGUAUGGUCAAGUGACGUUUGGUAAAUUUCUCGGAUGGAUAGAUGACCAAAUUUUCUUAGCUAUGGGGCUCCGCUAGCGCGUCUGUGGAACUCCGCUAUAACUUGAGGCUGUGCUAGUCGGGGUAGUCGGGAAAAACCUGAUUCUGAAAAAAAAAAAAAAAAACGAGAAUUACCUUGACCCCACUCAAGCUGAAUCUUAAAGCAUUAAAACUGGCAGAAGUAAAGUCCAUUUUCAGCAGCAUAGUACAUAUGAGAAAGUCAUGUACUAAACCUCUAUACGAGUUAAGGUGCACAGUAGAAGCCGUGCCAUAAUAAUGCGAAUCUUUUUCACAGUAUGUGGUUUCACAUUAUUUGAAUGUUAAUUUCAUUUGGAGGAUUCUAUGUCUGCCGUGUAAAAUAUAAUUGUUGCUUGCCCUAUUUUUAUUUUAUUUUCCUUACCACAUAAAAAGGAAUGCUCUGACCUGCUCUAAAUUUAACAGUUUGACAUGUUGCUCUGAUUACAACUAAAGCAACUGUUGUUCUUGUUUGUUCUUGUUGUUUUGUUUUUUCUUCUCCACAAUGCACAGAUCGCAAAGUUUGGUCUCGAGCUACUCACAGGAACGAGGUUUUUCAAUGGCUACAACAGAAGAGUUAAUGCUCAAAUGACCGCUGGCUUUUCCGUGGCUGCCUACCGAUUUGGUCACACCUUGAUUCAGGAGUGGUUUAGACGAUUCAAUCAACGUAGUUUCCAAAGCACUGAAUCAGAAUCAGAAUUUCGGCCCAUUCCCGUGCUGGACUUUGAAAAUCCACAGUACUUAUACGAGACAUGUCAGGGAGGUGUAGAUGCCAUUUUGAGGGGAUUAAUUAAGGAUCCCGCGGGAAAGCUUGACGGGUACGUAAUAAAUACCGUUCUUCUUUGAAUAAGCGCCCACCCCUAGACAAAUAAUAUCAAACAAGCGCUGCUCCCCUCUCACUUUCUCUUAAAAAUAGUAGAAAUUUAAGGGGAAUGCAAAGAUCUGCAAGGGUAAGUGAAUGAAAACUUACUUAAAUGACAAAUGCGGGCUCUUUAUCUACAAGCAAGCUUUAAAUUUCCAACUAGAUUUGAAAAGGAGUGAUCGAAAUAACUGAAUUGCGGAGAAGCAGGAACUUGAAAGAUUAAGUCUGCCUUCGCCCUCACGAUUGAGCACAAUUCGCGCGGUAAGAAGGAGUGACGCGGAACUGGAAUAUUGCUUUUUUUUCUGCAAUGGACGAUGAAAGCGGCAAGAAAUAGAAUUGCAUAAUUACUUUACGGCUCAGUAAUUUCAAGUCACAGACGAGUUCUUGCUUAUUCCUUCGGCAACAAAAAUCAACCAGUAAAUAUUUUCCUACUUUUUAGUCAACCAAUCAAAAUCCAAGACAUUCAUUGAUCUGAAAAUAACUAAAAAUCAUGUCAGAUCGGUUAAUCACCUAAAAAUAGCAUAUGAGAUUAUCUGAAUGAGAUUCCCCGGCAUUUUAAACAUGAGAUAAAGGCAAAAAAGGCUUUGACGUCAUCGGCGUUAAUGUACUCUCCCGCGGUUAAAGAGGAAAUGGAUAAUUCGGUGCUCCGUGUAAUACUAUUCCAUUUAUUGUUAUUCCGUAAUACAGUCAAUCGAACACGCCCUAGGUAUCGUUGAACUUAUUCUUUGCGAUGUUUUGAUUGCCCAAGACACCACGACGUUACCUCAGUUAAGAACAAACAAUAGCCUGCUCUUACCUUUAGUAUAAAAGUUGUAUUUUGCUGCAGUAAGUGGUCGUUUCAUGCCGUGUUUGGUCCCUCUGUAAUGGCGGAAAGCUGCAUAUGACUUUUACGAGAUUGCACUUUUGUUUUGGUCAUACGAUUACUAAAUUAAGUGGUACUUUGAUGGGUUAAUGAGGGUCUUAACAACCUCCCCUCUCCAUUUAAGGUAUCAUCCAGGGUAAAAACCCCUCAUUUUUCGAAAUUUUCAAUUUUUAGAUGAUUAAGUAGAGCUCAUCAAGAGCUUUCUUUGAAAAAAAAAUUCCAGAAAAAAUGUUUUUUCUGUGCACACUUAUGGAGCGCAAAAGUUUUUUCUAUGCUAAUUAUUUUAAUUGAUCGUUGACAAGUCCUGUCAUAGCUAAUCACGCAAUUUGACAGAAAUCGUGGUCUACAAGUAUUGCUCACAGUCUUUCCCUGGAUUUUGGAAGUGAAUGCCUCCAAAGAAGAAAAAAGAGCUCGUCCGUUUUCGUCCUUGACUUCAAGACGAAAGAAGACGACAAAAUCGUUUUGCAAAGUGUGGGUUUCGAAAUUAAAAGAGAGUGACAAGGGCUCCUACUACAAUCAAGAAAAAUGGCUAAAAGAUGACAAAGCUUCUGAAAAACCUAUUGAAACUAUCGCGAAAUGCGUUUCACGAGUUUCUUAGCGAGCGGAGCGAGCUUUUUUAGGUCGCGAAGCGGCCAAGCAAGCGACAAAUUCGCGACCGGUCCCGCGCCAUAUAAAAAUCGGACAAAGGACUUUUUUGAAAGUCUAUUGUAGCGGGAGAGCAGCUUCAAGAAAAACUCCAGGAAGCGGUUUGUUGUCGAUUUUUCCAGGGAAGUGUCGAACUUUUAGAAAAUGUAUCGAGUAAAAGUUGGCUUGGCUCAAAAUGAAAACUGCCUGUCGCAAAUAACUAAAGAUGCUUUCUCGACAACAGAAGAAUCGAACAGAGCAGAGCGUUCGAAAUAAAUUGUUUAUCUGUUGUUGGGUUUCGUUUGUAACCUUUUCCUGCUGUGUCACUAUUGUUGUCCCUUUUCUGGUAUGCAUCAACAUUGACAGCUUUGGUGUUAUAAUCUGUUAUAAUCUCGUCACGGGCAAUACGCCGCCAAAAAUCUUUUUCCCCUGUUUUCUCGAAAUGAAAAUCAGAGGAAGUUGAGGGUACGUUUUAAACUCCAAGUCGGCAACCCGUGAACCAAUUUGGCUGAAAUUUGGCCAACUUACUAUCAGAUAGUUUUUCUAAAAAACCGUGUCUGCGAAUUUUGAUUUCUUUUUUCGUUUUCAAGUAAGAGUAUUUUUUUCACAGGUAGUGCUAAUGAUUUGCUAUCCCUAACUUCAACUGCUUAUAACAAAAGAACAAAACCACUUGACAAAAAUCUGAGACACGGUUUUUUAGUCAAACGUGUUAAGAAGCGAAUGCGAUCUUAAUUGGCUUCUUCCGUUUAUUUUUGGCUGGCCUGGACUUAAAUUUACAGCGACACCCACUUUCACAAAAAGCCUCUCAUUUCUGAAUCGCGUUAAUAUUUUGAUUUUUUAAAAGGAAUAAGCAAUAAUCUGGAACUAUUAAGCUUUCAGAAAAUGUACGGUUUAUGGGGGUAUUUAUUAAAAGCAAAAGCGUUAGCGCCGAUCAACGCGGGGAGGGUGCUUAAGGGUGGAUGAUACCUUAACAAAGAUCUGACAAAUAGGGCGAAGUUUGCGGGUACAACAUCUUCUGCCAAGUUUCAGUAAACCUUUGUUAAAUAGUAGAAAACAUGGAGUUCAACAGAAAAAAGAGCAAGUGGUUAAGGUCGCAUAAAUGGUAAACAUUUUUCAGAUUUAUGGAUUUUGCUAUUUAAAACAGGAGAUUUUCGAGCUCUGUGCAAGAAAACCUAAGAAGGGGUGAGAGCGAUUUGUCUGAUUUAAUCAGCAUCAACAUCCAAAGAGGACGUGAACGUGGAGUUCCAGGAUACACUAAGUAUCGCAACCUUCGGUUAUGCGGACUGCAAAAGGUGAGAUCGUUCGAUGACUUGGAACGAAACGCCGGCUUUGCCUCGAGCGACGUAGCUAAUUUGAGGGCAAUUUACAGAAAUGUUCAUGAUAUUGACUUUUUUGUUGCUGGUGAGUAAUAUAAUAUCAUACCUUUCACUUUUACAUUGCCAUUGUCACGGCGGCUAUUGUUGGUGGUCAAGAACAAAAGCAUCUCUCUCCCCUGUGAACUAAACUCCAUUUUCACGUAAAUUCUUUGAAAUAAUUUUUAUUGUCUUGACCACCAACAUGGCCGCCAUGUCACUUGGCCUUAAACCAAGAAUAACUAAUAACCUUGCUAUUACGAAACAGAGUAAGAAGCAUGUAAACUGUCAAAAAGUGACUGCUUUCGACGGUUUGGGGGUCGUUUUCAAUUUUGUUGCCCUUCUGAAACCCUGACUGAGCUUAAUUUCGCGCAACGAUGUGAAAACGUCCUGGUUAAAUGCCGCGAAAUUCUGCUUAGUGAUUUUGCUGACCUGCCCACAUACAGACUUUUAUAUUAUAAUAUCGUAAUUAAUUCACAGUGGGCUGGGUUAGGGUUCUGGAGGUUUUUCAGCUCGUUCUAAAAGUUACACCAUAUUUUCACCACUGGGUCAGUCUUGGAUAUCUUGUGCUUGAACUAUUGAUAAAUCCGUUUAUUUUAGGGAUCUCUCCUGACCAUCGGAUUCUGAACGUAGAAUAAGACCCUGAGGGAAAAGUUUAAAACCAUUGUCUUCUCUCUUAUAUACGCACAUUGAUGAUGUAAGCUUUAUUUUUAAUUGCACCCCUUCUCAGGAAUGCUUGAACCGAGACCUAGUGAUGGAGGAGUUCUGGGACCUACUUUUCAGUGCAUUGUAGCGGAGCAGUUCCGCCGCCUCAGAGUUGGAGAUCGUUUCUGGCACGAAAAUGCCCCAAACCCAAGUUUGAACACUGAUCGAACGGCGUUCAAUGCUGCCAUGCUAAAGGAAAUUAGGAAAACAACAUUUGCUAAAAUUAUCUGCGACAAUGCCGACAACAUCCCACUUAUAAGCAGGAAGGUUCUCGAACAGAGUGAGAGAGGAGUUGCGUGCAGUACUCUACCAGCAGUCAGUCUUGAAGCAUGGGUAAAACAAAGGGAAGGCGAAUCUGGGUAAGCAGCUUUAAGGUGGAAUUCCCUGUCUACCCGCGGUAACUGUUCUUCUGAAAAUGUCCCCUUCUUAUGAAGUAAAAGGCUACAGGAAUGUAGCGAACAUAGUAAGCUAGCAUUUUUUAGAAACCCUGUCUUGAAGUCAGGAGAAUGCCUGCUACCCCUGUUAAGGUUUCUUAUCUUCCAUAUUUUGAAAGUGAUUGGUUUACACAAAUAACCUGCGCCUUUAACAAGCUGAUGGUCUAUUCCAUAAACAAGUUUUGCCCAAAUUUUGUGGCCGACUUUGGUUACUGGUUUUAAGCAUAUGACUUCAUUAAAUGCGACAUUCUUGACUUGUUAAUUCAAGAAAGAGAUAAAAUGCACUUGAACGCUGCAAAAUCCUUUUCAACAUAACUUAAAAGCGGAGCGCGAAAAUUAGUUUAUCUGAAUUGCAGCAAAAUUUCACGAUUGCGGUUAAGGUGGCGAUCACUUUGCAGGACGUCAUAAGUACCAAAAAAGGCAAUAUCCAAUAGGCCUUUUUCAUAAGCCUUGUUUUCAAGCUCUCUUAAGGCGAUUGUAAGUCCCAAGGGAAAUUAAAAACAAUGCUUAUGAAAAAUUCAAAAUUUGGGGGAACAACGAAGAGUAUGAUUAUGGUAUUUUUGAAAAAGGCCUAUACUAGUUGUAUAAUAUUUCAUCAUUUGCCUUAUUACAAUUAUUUUUUUAAUCUUUCCAGACAGCUAUGAUACAUCAGCGGUAACAUUUAAGUCCUCUAGCAUAAAAACGGCCAUUGUAGAAAAACCCGCGACGCUUUCUCACAGAAAAACAAAUUAAAGUUUUGAAAGCACUUAUUAAGUUUUUCCUGUGUCAUUUCUUUAAAUUGUUUGGUGAAAUUCGUCUUGCUGUUGAAACCAUGCUGCAAAACCAUAGACGAUUCAUUGUUUUCAUUGGAAAAGUAUUGCUUCCCAGUUUCGUAAACAUAGCAUUGUAAUUUGAUAUUUCGCACAAGAAUUUAAGGUUUGAAAGAUUUUCAAACUUACUCAUUCAAAUACUGUUAAAGUACACCGCGUUGGCUCUUGUGUUUUUCUGAGCAUAGUCUCUUAGUUUAUUGAAAAUCAUUUGUCUGCGGAAUCCGAGGCGAAAUGGAAAGCCAUUUUUGAAUUCGUUUCGGCUGCUCAAAGGUCAAUAGUGUAACUAGCCAACCAGUGCGUGCGAAAAGCACUAUUCACUUGCGUGCUAUACUAGUUGAUUAGAAAUCCUCAACAACUUGCUUUGAAAAUUUGCAAAAAAAAUGCGUAAUAAACAUUAGAAGAAAUCCUGAAGUACAGUCAACUCUUUCUAGUUAAAAGACGGAUUUUUUUGUGACAGGCACUAAGUAUCCGUCCAAGUAUGAUGUCCGGUAAGAGACAGUUGACUGAAAUGUGAAAAAUGAGCAUGUGUCCUUCGUUCCAGACCAAUAACCCUUCUGUUUGUUUCCUACAGACCACCUAAAGAUGUUAGCGAUCACCCCGAUAAUUUGGCAAACGAUGAUGUAUAA